CCAAAACCCCCUCUCAAUCUAUCUCUAGUUAAGCCCAUCGAUCAAAUUAUUGAUCAGUUUUCCUUCCAACAUGUCACCUGUAGUGAUAAUUCUCGUUGUGUCUCUUUUCCUCUCUCCAACCAUUUUUGCUUACCCUGCCGAAGAUGUGAAAAUAUGGUGCAGCCAAACCCCGCACCCUCAGCCAUGCGAAUACUUCUUGAGCCAUAACCCUAGCAAAACUCCCAUCAAGCAAAAGUCUGAUUUUCUCAAGCUAUCAAAGCAACUUGCCCUAGAACGUGGCUCAAAAGCCCUAGACCACGUGUUUUCCCUUGGCCUCAAGUGCCGGAAUGCUCGUGAAAAGGCUGCAUGGGCGGAUUGCCUUGAGCUCUAUCAGCAAACCAUCUCACGUCUCAACAAAACUGUAAACCCUAGCGCGACGUGCACGCAAACCGAUGCUCAGACAUGGCUCAGCACGGCUCUGACCAACCUCGAGACUUGCCGGACCGGGUUUAUCGAGCUCGGUGUCUCCGACUACGUCUUGCCGUUGAUGUCAAAUAAUGUUUCUAAGCUAAUUAGCAACACUUUGGCUAUCAACAAUGUUAACGUUCCGUAUGGUGAACCAAAUUAUAAAGAAGGUUUCCCAACUUGGGUGAAGGGCGGCGACCGGAAACUCCUGCAGUCUUCUUCGCCGGCUUCUCAGGCGAAUAUCGUGGUGGCCAAAGACGGGUCGGGGAACUAUAAGACAAUAAAGGAGGCGGUAACCGCCGCGUCGAAGCGGUCAGGAAGUGGAAGGUAUGUGAUAUACGUGAAGGCAGGGACGUACAAAGAAAACGUUGAGAUAAAAUUGAAGAAUAUUAUGUUGGUGGGAGAUGGUAUAGGAAAGACUAUUAUCACUGGGAGCAAAAGUGUCGGAGGAGGUGCUACAACCUUCAAUUCAGCCACUCUUGCUGCUGUAGGAGAUGCAUUCAUCGCCCGUGACAUCACAGUCCAAAACACCGCCGGGGCGGCAAAGCACCAGGCCGUAGCCCUACGUUCUGGCUCCGAUCUCUCAGUAUUUUAUAGGUGCAGCUUUGAAGGGUACCAAGACACCCUCUACGUCCAUUCCCAAAGGCAAUUCUACAGGGAAUGCAACAUAUAUGGCACGGUGGACUUCAUUUUUGGCAAUGCUGCCGUUGUUAUUCAAAAUUGUAACAUUUAUCCACGUUACCCUCCUAACAAGACCAACACUAUCACUGCUCAAGGUAGGAUGGACCCUAACCAAAAUACGGGGAUUUCGAUUCAUAAUAGCAGAGUCACGGCUGCUUCCGAUCUGAAGCCGUCCCAAAGCUCAGUUAAGACGUACCUUGGAAGGCCAUGGAAGGAAUACUCACGCACUGUUUUCAUGAAAACGUACCUCGAUAGCUUGAUUGCUCCGGCAGGAUGGAUGGAGUGGAGUGGAAAUUUCGCCCUUAAAACGUUGUAUUAUGGGGAGUAUGCCAACACGGGGCCUGGCUCAUCCACUGCCAACAGGGUCAAGUGGGGUGGCUAUAAGGUCAUCACUAGCUCAUCCGUGGCGUCCCAAUUCACCGUCGCAAACUUCAUUGCUGGCAGUUCUUGGUUGCCGGCUACGAACGUGCCCUACACAGCCGGCCUUUAAUUGGCCCAGAUGGCUCGAAUGUUUGUCUUCAGUUUAAUUAUUUGUUUCAAUUGUUUCCAAUUGUAAUUUUGUAGUUACCAGUGGGGUUGUAAGAUUAGUAAGUUAAUUGUUGCCAGAAAAUGAAAAUAAGGCAUGCAUUUAAAUUCUUGUAUCAUUGUGUCACAGUGCUUUCUCAAUUUAUAGAGUUGUCAUUUUUAUUGAAUUGUAAUUAGAAUGAAUAAAAUUGGGUUCGUUUAAUAAAA